AUGGAUCCCAUCAGUACCAUCUUUUGUAGAAAUCCAUCAAAGGAAGCUUUUCUAAUGUUCCUACAGGAAAGAAUUCAUCAACAUACCUACUCAUCAUCUUCAAACGGUUUGUUUAGUAAGAGAUUGGACGUGGACUCUAUCAGAGAGUUACGAAACAAGUUUAUAGAAAAGACUUUCCUCAAAGCUUCCUCAUCGUCAUCUUUAGAAGGUGGUGCUCGUGUUACCUUUCCAUCAUCAUUGAAAACAAGAGAAAAGAAGACUGACUUUCUCCUUCAAAUUUGCAACAUGACUAUUGAGAAUAAUUUAAAGGAUGAGAAUGUAGCCAAUUAUUCGGACAAGUUUUUUGGUUCCUUUCUGAAAUGUUCGUUGGCAACUCUUGAAGCUGCUGAUAAAGUGUCUUUACCACUCUCCAUUCAAGAAACUUCUGUGGAGAAGGAUAUUACCAUUGCAAAGAGGAUUAUCGGAGCAUGUUAUAGAAAUGUUCUAAUUCUCUACUUUAUUCAAAUUAUAUUUGCUUCUGGUGUAUCAUCCAUUAGUCAGCAACAACAAGUGGAGAAUCCUGACUCUUCAUCCAAUACUUUAUGUGACCUCCUUGAUGAAUGUAAUUGUGAAAGAGUAUGA